AUGACACCGAGCGCCAUCAGCAUCUUCAACCAAAAUGAAUAUCAUGAGUGUCAUGAAUUGUCAUUGAAAAAUGGCUCUUUCGAUACCUCUGCAUCCGACUCUGAAUAUGGAGCGAACUGUCCAGAUGGACAGAAAAGCGCAAAAGGAUUGAUUGGUGCUGCGUUGCAGAAGCACAUUGACAACGUCGACCCGCACGAGUGCGAGGCCGGCGCGGAGGAUGCCUUCUUUGUCGCAGACUUGGGAGAGGUCUACCGGCAGCACAUGCGCUGGAAGAAGCACCUCCCACGCGUGACUCCUCACUACGCGGUGAAGUGCAACCCAGACCCGGCUGUGUUGAAAUUGCUGGCGAAGCUGGGCGCAGGAUUCGACUGCGCUAGCAAGACUGAGAUUGAGCAAGUUUUGGGCAUGGGCGUGGACACCUCGAGGAUCAUCUACGCUCAGCCGUGCAAGACCAAGAGCUACCUUCGCUACACCUCCAAGCAGGGAGUCAAGCAGAUGACUUUUGACAACACGGAUGAGUUGUACAAAAUCAAGGACAUCUAUCCGGAGGCGGAGCUCUUCCUUCGUAUCUUUACGGACGAUUCGGCAAGUUUAUGUCGCUUGAGCCAGAAGUUUGGAGCCUCCAUGGAUAAUGUCCAGGAGCUUCUUGCUCUGGCCAAGGAGCUUGAGCUGAAUGUCGUCGGUGUUGCCUUCCACGUUGGAUCCGGCGCCUCCGAUCCCUCGGCAUUCCGCCAAGCGGUCACCGAUGCCCGCACUGUCUUCGACCAGGCCGCCGAACUCGGCUUCACUCUGCACACCCUUGAUUGCGGCGGCGGCUUCAUCUCGGACACUUUCGACGACAUGGCCUCCGUCCUCGCUGAAGCCGUGGACGACCUCUUCCCUCCAUCCGUCCGCAUCAUCGCCGAGCCAGGUCGCUACUACACUUCCUCGGCCUUCACCCUUGCGUGCAAUGUGAUUGCGCGCCGCACCGUACAGGACAAGCAAUCUCUCGUCAACACGGACACCAGCUACAUGCUGUACAUGAACGAUGGAGUCUACGGCAACUUCUCCUCCAUCAUCUUCGACCACCAGCACCCGAUCCCGCGCGUUCUUCGCACCGCGCGCCGCGCCGAUGGCUUCAACUACAGCAGGAAGGCCAUCACCUACUCCAUCUGGGGUCCCACUUGCGACGGCAUCGACUGCAUUGCCGAGAAGUGGUUCGCUCAGGAUGUUGUUGACGUCGGCGACUGGCUGUACUUUGAGGAGAUGGGCGCGUACACCAAAUGCUCGGCGACAAGGUUCAAUGGCUUCACGGAUCGCCACGAGGUGGUCUAUGUCUGCAGCGAGAAGGGCGCGAGGGACUUGGUCGAUGUUUGA